UAAUUGUAGCGAAGAAAUUGAGAUAGCGCAGCAGAUAAGCAACUAAUAGUUGUGUCUGAGAAAAUAGUAGUGAUUCAGAGACGCUAAGAGUAUCCCACAAGCAGAAGCUGUUAUCGGGCAAGGCCAGCGUCCAUAAAAUAAUCGUGACAAUAUGUCAGCCGAGGAGCUGGCGCCAAUUAACGAGCAGGACUUGAAGGAUCUGAAGCAGCGGAUGAAAUUAAUAGCUGAGGCCGAUCCCAGCCAGUAUCACAAUGAGUUCUCGCUGCGACGUUAUCUGCGCGCCUUCAAGACCACAGAUGACGCAUUCCAAGCCAUAUUGAAGACGAACAAGUGGCGUGAAUCGUAUGGCGUUGCCAAGCUGCAUGAGAUGGACCGCAGCCAGUUGGAUAAUAAGGCGCGGCUGUUGCGGCAUCGCGACUGCGUUGGCCGUCCCGUCAUCUACAUUCCGGCCAAGAAUCACAGCGCAUCGGCCCGUGACAUCGAUGAGCUGACCCGUUUCAUUGUCUACAAUCUGGAUGAGGCGUGCAAGAAGUGCUUCGAGGAGGUCACCGAUCGUCUGUGCAUCAUCUUCGAUCUGGCCGAGUUCAGCACCUCGUGCAUGGACUAUCAACUGGUGCAGAAUUUAAUCUGGCUGCUGGGCAAACACUUUCCGGAACGAUUGGGCGUCUGUCUAAUCAUAAAUGCCCCCGGAAUCUUCUCCACCGUUUGGCCGGCAGUUCGUGUGCUGCUGGACGAUAACACCGCGAAGAAGGUGAAGUUCGUUAGUAACGAGGUGGAUCUGUGUCAAUAUGUGAUACCGGAUAUUUUACCAACGGAUAUGUAAAAACAUAUAUAUAUAUAUAAAUAUUAUGACAUUCUUUUGUUGCAAUUAGUCAUAGACAAACAUAUCUCCAUAUGAGGCACUCUUGACAUUAUACACUAAGAGCAGGCAACGUGUACCUACUAGAAACCAGUACCUAAUCAGCUGUAUUUAAUAUAGAUGCAUAUAUCUAUCUAUCUAUAUUUAUACAUCUAACUAUAUAUAUAUGUAUUUAUAUAUAUAUAUAUCUAUCGAGGAGGAGGCUUCUGAAAAGCUUUUACAGAGUUUGUACUCCACACACAUAUAUAUUGUUUAUAAAAUGAAUGUCUUUAACUUGUAGUUGCGUACGUUGUUUGUAAUUGCAUUGUGCAUAUUAUGAAAUAUUUUAGAUAAGUAUUUAUCUAUGCAUAUUAUUGUUUAUAAUAUCUAUAUAUAUGUGAGUAAUCAUAUUGGUAUACGUCUAUCUGUAUAAUAAAGUUGUAAAACACAA